GCCCAGUGUUUUUUUUUAGAGCAGCAGAAGAAGAAGCGUUGCUACUUGAGUUUAUAUGUUGAGUGACAGUUGGUCGAAGUUUACAGUGUUUUUUUUUAUAUAGUUAGUUUCUCUGCGUGAGAACAACUUACCACAUUUCGCCGUAGAGUCGCAGCGUUGCCUGAGAUCUGACCGGCUGCUUCAAGCUGAAAAAUGCGGGACCGAACUAAAGAAUUAGGAAAUAAGGCGGAGGCUUCAGAUGAGGACGAGGAGGGCAAAGCGCUCAUGAUCAAACCUGGAACCUCUUCAGCCAAAGAGGAGAAGGAGAAUGACGCCUUCUUUAAAAAGGUGCAGGAAAUCCACGAGGGGCUGCAGAGUCUCAAGAAGAUGGUGUCCAACCUGGAGAACAAGCAGAGGACGGUGCUGGGGGUGGCGCUGCCGGAGGAGAGUAUGAAGAAGGAGCUCCAGACUCUCCGAGAUGAGAUCAAAACGUUGGCCAGUCAGAUCCAGAGGAAACUGAAGAGUAUUGAACCGAAGAAGGGAGAGGAGGACGGGAAGUAUAUACCCGUGAACGUUCGGAUGCAACGGACCCAGCACGGCGUCCUGUCGAGGGAGUUUGUGGAGUUGAUGGGUCACUGUAACACCAUCCAGGCGGAGUACCGAGACCGCAACGUGGAGCGAAUACAGAGGCAGCUCAAAAUCACCGGGAACAACGUGACGGAAGAAGAGCUGGACGCGAUGCUCGAGAGCGGGCAGACGGAUGUCUUCACCCAAAAUAUCCUGAUCGACGCUCAAGCUACGAGGCAGGCUCUGAAUGAGAUCGAGUCCCGGCACGACGAGAUCCUGAAGCUGGAGCGGAGCAUCAGAGACCUGCACGACAUGUUCCAGUACCUCGCCAUGGAGGUGGAGGCUCAGGGGGAGAUGGUGAACCGGAUUGAAACCAACAUCAAAGACUCUGUUAACUACGUGGAGAAAGCAAAGGAAAACACGGAGAAAGCGGUCACGUAUCAGCAGAAAGCACGCAAGAAGAAGUUGUGGAUAGCGAUCUGCUGUGCCAUCCUUCUCCUUAUCCUAAUCAUUUCAUUGGUCACCACCUUCGGCACCUAACACCAGGCAGUGUAAGUUGUUGGAUGUAGACCAGUUUAGCAGAAGCCUAUUACAAACAAACCCCCUUUUUAUGUAAAUAAUUUCAGCCCAUAGGAUGCACGGGUAAAGUCUGUCUCGUUUCCCCCAAAACCUUUCAUAUAUUUGUCUUUCUCUAACCCUCCUGUCCUCCCAAUGGGCCUUUUGUGUUGUUUUUUUUUAAGAAGAAAUGUGCUUUUAACUCAAAUGACUACAAUCUCGCCUGCGUUUCCACUGAAGAGGCAGUGCUGCUGGUUUAUGGGAACCCCCCCUCCCCCCGUCACGGUCUGGUCUGCAACACAAAGACCAGGACCAUUUGUGAACUGUUACGUCACUGCUCUAUCACCUCCUACCAUAU